UGCCCAAAGAACAAUUAGAAGGAAGAGCUUUUCAUUUUCUCUUUCCAUUUAUUGAUUCGUUUAUCUAUUUCUGAGGGAAAUACAAACGAUUUAGCAAUGAAGACAGAGUCAGUACCAUUGAUACAAGAUGCCCAGAUACCACUUACACCUGAUGAACUCGAGGUACUGCGACGGCAAUUCAUAAAAGAAGGAGAAUAUGUUACUAUACAGACCAAGUUCAACUAUGCCUGGGGAUUAAUCAAAUCAACUAAGCAAGAACAUAUCGAGUUAGGCAUAAAAUUAUUGACAGAUGCGCCUGAAAGAAGAAGAGAAUGCUUAUAUUUUUUGUCCAUUGGAAAUUAUAAGUUAUCGAAUUAUUCUGAAGCGAGACAAUUCAAUGAUCAGCUUUUGAAGUUAGAACCGAGAAAUGACCAAGCGAUCGCUUUAAAACAGUUAAUUGAUGAGAAAGUCUCCACAGAGGGUGUGAUAGCAGUUCUGUAUCAUAUUAUCACCAUCCUAUACUUUAGGUAGUUAAACUGACUUUCUGAACGUUUAUGAAUACCAAGCCCUCGCUAUUAAACGAGCAGACCUGCCAUGUAUCUUUUCCUAUACCACUAACGCACAAUAAAUCGGUCUAAAAAAAAAAUGCAAAAAAAAAAAAGUGUUAAUGUACGAAA